UCUUCUUUUUCUCCCGGUGUGUGGGGAUCGUGAGUUGUACAGAUCUGACCGUAAAGCCAUCACUGACCUGACUGAAGGUGGGCUGCAAGAGCUGUCAGAAGAUGAAGAGACUGUAGAGGAGGAUGGACCGAUCCAUGAAGAAGCCAAACUUAUGGCCAGCAUGGGACUGCCUGUGGAGUUCAUAAGUUCCUCUGCACAGAGGAGAGCUUGUCUUUGUGUCUCUCUUGAAGUGGAGAAAGUUGAGAGAAGAGCAUCUAAUAGUGAAGAUGACGAUGAUGAUGAUGAACCACCAGAUAGAAGAAUUGCAAAAGUUAAGCGCCGUCAUGAACUGGAUGUGGAGGAGAACCCUCAGAUAUCUGUGGAUGAAGCCUGGGAUAAACUGGGAUUAAAGUGCAGCCACGACCCCAUGUUUGAGACUGUGCUGAAGUUUAAGCCCCAGUAACCAUCAUGGUAGUAAGGCUGGGAGGAAUAGGAAGCAACAUGGAGGUAGAAAAGCAGCCUGCCACAUCAACAAGCACACCCUCUUCACUGAAGAGGGAGAUACCACAGAGCCCAAGCUGACCAAGACCUUUCAAAAAGUUCAGAAAGAGAACGACAGCUGUCCCAGACACACCAGUUCACCAGGCAGACAGGGGGAGCCCUGCUUGUCCAUUCGCAGAGGGAAAGGAAGAGAGACUGGAGGAAGAGGAGCAGGAAGAAGAGGUGAAAGAAGAUACCCCUCUGGAGUUGGACAGUACUGAUCAACCCUCGUAUCAGAACCUCUUCACCAGAACAGAGGAUGAGGAAGAGGAUGAUGAGAUUAAUUUCAGAAGAGAGGUGUACUCACUGGACAUACCAGACUACUUAGUUCCUGAUGCACCUGAACACAGUAACACAGAGGCUACUGAAGAACAAGAACACAAAGAAAAGAGGGAAAUGUGGAGUAAUGCCAGCUGAGAUUGCAGCGGAGCCCGAGCUGGCUAAGUACUGGGCCCAGCGCUACCGCCUCUUCUCCAGGUUCAAUGAGGGCAUCAAACUGGACCACGAGGGCUGGUUCUUCGUCACCCCAGAGAAGAUAGCCGAGCACAUUGCCCUGAGGGUCCACGACAGUUUCCACUCUGAACUCAUCAUAGACACCUUCUGUGGAGUGGGAGGCAAUGCCAUCCAGUUUGCCCUCACUGGGAAGAGAGUGCUAGCUAUUGACAUCGACCCGGUGCGUCUGGCCCUGGCCCAGCACAACGCCCAGGUCUACGAGGUGGCCGAGCGCAUCGACUUUGUGCAGCGAGACUUCCUACAGCUGGCACCCCGUCUGCGGGGGGAUGUGGUGUUCCUCAGCCCCCCCUCGGGCGGCCCAGACUACCUCAGCGCAGAUGUCUUCGAUAUCAAGACCAUGAUGGCUCCAGAUGGAUAUCCGUUAUUCCUCUCAGUGAAGCUGCUCUCAGGCUUUUAUAGUCAGGCAACGGGCCAGACUCCAGCACUCAGGGCAAGGUAGAGGCAGAGCGGUAGAGAGGCAGAGCGGUAGAGAGGCAGAGCGGCAGAGCGGUAGAGAGGCAGAG